GUAUCAACCACCAUCAGUUGCUCAUUUGUCCAACAAACAGCAGCAAAUAUAAGAAAACAUGUUUCAAGCUGUAAUUCUCCUGUCGCUUGCAACUUUGCAAGCUCUAGCUUCUAAUGUAGCUGAAGUACUGCCAGUAGCCCCAGCUCCUGCUGCAGUAGUCACUUCCAGAAGCAGCCAGUACUUUGCCCAAAACCAUAAUGCCUUAGCAGCUCCUUUAGUGGCUCCAGUUCAACCAGCAGUAGCUCCUGUAGCUGCAGCUAAGCUCGAAGCUGUAGCACCUGCAAGACUAGAAACUCUAACCCCUGUAGCACAAGUAGUUGCUUCUUCAGGCGCCUCUGUCAGUCAAGUAACAAGAUUUGCUCCCUACUUUGCCCAAUACAUUUCUGCUCCUUAUGUGGCCCCAGCCCCAUUAGUUACAAGCCCGGUCGUAGCUCUACCUGCUGGACGUGUUUUAGCUAAUUUUCCAGUCUUAGCCAAUCCACCUGUAGCUGCUCUUCCAGCUGCACCCGUAGCUGUCGCUGGAGCUCAACCAGCUCAACCAGCUCCAGCUCCUGCCUUUCAGCCAGCUUUAAAUCCGGACUCGGAAUCGGUUGAUAUUGAGUCGGCUCGUUUACGUGCUGCUCCUCAACAGCAGCAGCAGCAACAACAACGCUCUCAAGUUAAAGUUCAACAGUUUGAGGCUCAAGAGAAUGUCGCUAGGUUGCAACAACAGAUUAGAAUUAAGGGUGCCGGACAACAGAGACAGAUUGCUCAGUUGAAUGCUGCUAAAGGUCAACAGGGUGACCAGCAGCAGCAGCAAAGGUCUGCUGCUCCUGGGUUGCUUACCAAUGAGGAGUUUUCUCCAAGGGGAUAUUAUAAUUGAACAAGUUGAUUAUCAUGUAAAUAGUUUUGUAUGAUAUGGAGUUGUAAAUAAAAAGAAUAUUUUUGAAAA